AUGAAAACAGGUAUAUCUUUGGCAAUUUUUAUGCUUCUUGCUUCCACUUCCAUUCAACAUUCAAAAGAAGAAUGGAAAUCAAGAUCUAUCUAUUAGCUUCUUACUGAUAGAUUCUAAACAGAUGAUGGCUCAGCAGGCUCUUGUGACAAUCUUAGAAAAUACUGUGGAGGAACAUGGAAAGGAAUCGAAUCUAAACUUGAUUACAUAAAAGGAAUGGGCUUUGAUGCUAUUUGGAUAUCUCCUAUUCCAGAAAAUAACGGAGACAAUUAUCAUGGCUAUGCUGCUCUUAACUGGUACAAGUCUAAUCCUCACUUUGGGGAUGAUCACAGCUUGUAAUCAUUGGUCAACACAGCUCAUUCAAAAGGAAUGUGGGUGAUGCUAGAUGUGGUUGCUAACCAUGUGGCUCAAAUUGACAUGGCAUUUGACUAGGUCUAUCCUUUCAAUGAUGCCUCACAUUAUCAUGAUAAGUGCGAAAUAUCUCACUGGGACAAUCCUUAAGAAGUUGAGUAUUGUAGAAUGGCAAAUCUUCCAGACCUUAACUAAGAUAAUCCAUGGGUUAGGUCUCAACUGCUUUAAUGGGUAAAAUGGGCUGUAUCAAAGUUUAACUUCGAUGGUAUCAGAGUAGACACUGUUCCUCACGUAAAGAAUCAGUUCUGGAAGGAAUAUGCCUAAGCUGCAGGUAUAUUCUCCAUUGGAGAAGCAUCUAACGGUUAAGUUAGCUUUAUCGCUUAGUAUGCUAAUUCAGGUUUGGAUUCUACUCUAAACUAUCCUUUGUACUAUGUAUUAAGGGAUGUCUUCAACUUCAAGUACAGCAUGUAUGGACUUAAAACAUUGGUUGAUACCGAAUAAAAGCUGAUCAAUGAUCCAUAUGCUCUAGGAAACUUUAUCGACAACCACGAUACUGCUAGGUUCCUAAGUGUUUCACACUCUUAAACCUUGCUUAAGGCUGCAUUGGCAUUUAACUUCCUCUCACCUGGAAUCCCUAUAUUAUAUUAUGGAACUGAGCAAGCUUUUUCUGGAGAAAAUGAUCCUUUCUGCAGAGAGCCAUUAUGGAUUAGCAAAUUUAAUACCACCACUGAUCUUUAUAAGUAUAUUGGAAAACUCAACGCUCUCAGAAAGCAGUUCUAGAUAUGGAUGAAACCACAUGUUGAAAGAUGGAUAGAUGAUAAGUUCUACGCUUUCUCCAGAGGGGAUGUACUUGUUGCUUUAAGUAAUGAUGAUACUGGAAUUCAAACAAGACUGAUUACUUAUCACCCAUUCAAAGCUGGUGCCAAGGUUUGUAAUAUCCUUUGGCCCACUGAUUGUGUAGUGAUUACAAGUGAUAAUAAACUCCAAGUAACACUUAACUAUGCUGAGGUCAAGAUAUUCACACUUUAAAGUGCAAUUGUUGACAAUCUUAGUUUAACUCUUGAAUAUUGA